CUAAUUCGGGUUUAUUCAUAUAUUUCCAUGCUAUUUUUGUAAACAUUAUCGCUAAACAAAUGGUGCUCGUAGGAAAACUAAACAGGAAAACAUCGUAUGAUGAGGUUACAUUAGUCAACUGACAUCUCUUAUCAGAGGUGUGUUCCCCAUUAAACUGAACUAUCAUAUCUGAUAAUUGUGUUUAUUGUGUAGAAAUCAUGUAGCUAUUUACAUCAACGUGCAAUAUAAAACAAACAAAAUAAUGUUUGCACAAAACGGUUGCGUCUUUGAAAAACUGAUAAAAUUUCUAUAAUUGUAACCAUAUUGUAACAAUAGCUAAUACUCCUUACCACAAUAAGCUAAUAUUUGAUUGGCAAGAUGCAUACAGUGAGCCUUUACGUCAAUGAUACAUGUUUUAGUAGCUACUGCAUCGUUGCAAAAGAUGGGUAACCCAGAGGAGCAGCCGCUAAAAGAUAAAGGAAAACCUAAGAAAAAAUCAUUUCGGGAAAAACUUGCAAAUAUUAGAAGAAAUAUAACUGUUGAACCUGUUCUAGCGUGUUAUGUCGUUCCCGGAGUACUUUCAAGAUUGGCGACUCAAAAUCUUAAUCUGGAUAAAGCAUGCAGGGUGAACAUGGCUUACGGAGACGUGGUGUGCGAUGCCCUCAUAGCAAGGGAAGGGAAUAAACAUCUAAAGGAAGAAUUAGCCAUCCAGGAACUAAUUGCUGCUAUGGAGACAUGGAAGAACGUGUUGCUAACCGCUAUCCCGAGCAUACUGAUUCUGUUUCUCGGAGCCUGGAGCGACAGGACAGGAAAGCGGAAAAUAUGCAUUCUUCUCCCAAUUAUAGGAGAUUUGAUCGUGUGCUUAAGUAACAUGUUGAAUGCGUAUUUCUUCUACGAAUUGCCGGUUCAAGUCAUGAUGUUUUUUGAAGCGUUGUUCCCUGCGAUAACUGGAGGCUGGAUAACGACAUACAUGGGGGUGUUUGCGUAUAUCAGUGAUGUAUCCAGUGAGGAGUCGCGGACGUUUAGGGUGGGGAUCGCGAACCUGUGUUUGACGGCUGGCGGUCCCAUAGGAUCAGUUCUUAGUGGUUUCCUUCUGAAGUUCACGGGAUAUUAUGGAGUAUUCACUAUCAGUUCGCUGUUGUACCUGUUCAGUAUUUUAUACGGCUUCAUAUAUAUCAAAGAUCCGGAAAGGCCGAUGACGAAAAAGCCUAGUCAGAAUGAAUCGUCCAGUGCACGAGGCUUCCUAAAAUCCUUUUUCGACAUAAAACACGUAAAAGACACUUUGACUGUUGCAUUCAAAAAUGGACCUAACAAGAGGAGGACAAAGUCCAUUUUGAUACUAGCAUCCAUCGCGUUUAUAUACGGCCCUGCUCACGGAGAAUACACAAUACGAUACCUAUUCACACGGUACCGGUUCAACUGGGACGCCCUCAAGUACAGCUUCUACAGUACUUUCUAUAUCUGCAUACACGCUCUUGGGGCAUUGAUCUCAAUUAGCGUUUUCAGUCACCGACUUAAGUGGGACGAUUCGGUGCUGGGGCUAAUAUCAAAUGUGAGUAAGGUGAUGGGAGCUCUGAGCACUGGACUUGCCAGGAAUAGCAUGGAAAUGUAUCUUGCUGUAGCAAUUGAAAUGUUCAACGCGACAUCGUUCACUGCACUCCGAUCAAUCUCCUCCAAGCUAGUUACAAGUGACGAAUUAGGGAAAAUGACGUCAUUCUUCAAUUUGAUGGAGGUGGUGACGGCAAUGAUAUUUGGCCCCGCGUACUCCUGGAUAUAUAUGUUCACUCUACAAAUUGAUGCCGGGAUUGUGUAUUACGUGAGCACUGUACUGACUGUGCCACCGUUUUGUAUAUUUGUAUGGUUCUUCAUUCAAAACAGAAAAGACAAACGUAAAUCUUUGGACGAAAAAUGUUCGAAUCCAGGAGUAGAAGCUAUAAAGCAAGAGGAACCUUUACGCAGCAGUAUAGAUUUAGAACACGAAAUGGUUGUUUUAGAAUAAAUACUAAAAGAUAACACACAAUAAUGUACCUUAUUUACUACACGUUAAUGCCUAUAAUCAGGUAUAAUAAACAACUAUUAAAAAAGAAGUGAGUUGUACUAAAUGUGUGAUAAGAUAAUAAUUAAAUUUAGAAAUCGGUCAAGUACGAGCCGGGCUCAUGAUACUGAGGCGAGGGUUCCGUACAAAUAGGCUAAAAAAAAUUGUAAUGCAUCAUCUGUGAAAAUUUUAUCUGUCUAGCUUCACUUAUCUUGAGCUACAGCCUGGUGAUGGACGGCCAGACGAAAAAUAACAGUCAGACAUCAUUGUCUCAUUAAUAGGGUUCCGUUUCUGUCGUUCAGAUACAGUAUAUUAUCAUUUGAUAGAUGAUAAUUAUAAAGUGAUUAAUAAAAUAAUAAUAUGAU